UGCUCCGGGUGCUUUUUCCUCUUUAAUCCCUUCCCUGCUUGAGUCAGAGGCUGAAGUCACCGGCAGGAACAUCGCGAAGCUGUUCGCCCACCUCGGGGAGUCUGUCUGCCCCACAAAGAACGUACUGACCCCCCGUGAGUGGGAUUUUGGGGGAGCAGAGCCGCAUGAGACCGGGAACUCAUCACACAGAAUCAACCCCCGAUCCGGCCCUUCCAUGGCUUCAGCGAUGUUGCCAGGGAAAGCAGAGAAAAGAAUCGCUUCAUCCAUCUUCAUCACCCUCGUGCCACCACGGAGGGACGUGGCCACCAAGGAGAAAACCCAGCGGGAGCCGCAGGCAGGUGGUGCCGAGGUCCCUGGCACCCACCAGCCCCAGAUCCUGCUGUCACCCCCCCAGUUACCCAACGGAGAAACCCACACGGUGGCCCCUGUACCUGCAUCCCCACCAGUCCUGCCCCUCUCUGAGGUGCCCCAGCCCUUGUCCAUGGAGCCGCUGGGUCUGGCACUGCAGCAACUGGACCUUGCAGCACCCGCCACCCUCCAGGCCCCUUCCACCUUCCCUGCUGAACUGAAGCCACCCACAUUUUCCCAGGAGCAAGCAGGCAAGCAGCAGUGGCAGGAUGUGAAUGGGGACCCGGGGAGGGACAGCUCCAGAGACAUCUGUGCCUUCUGCCACAAGGCGCUGGGGGCGCGGGAGCCGACGGUGGAGGCGAUGAGGAAGCAGUACCACCCUGACUGCUUCACCUGCCGCACGUGCCGCCGGCUCCUGGCUGGGCAGCGCUACUUCCAGAGAGACGGGUGCCCCACGUGUGACGCCUGCUUCCAGGCCACGCUGGAGAAAUGUGCCAAGUGCCAGGGGCUGAUCACGGAGCACAUUGUCCGUGCCCUGGGCAAGGGUUACCACCCCAGCUGCUUCUCCUGCGCUGCCUGUGGCCGGGCCAUCGGCACGGAGAGCUUCGCCUUGGAUGAGCAGGGUGACGUGUACUGCGUGCCUGACUACUACAGGAAAUACGCCGUGGUGUGCAGCGCCUGCCAGCGCCCCAUUGUCCCCCACGAGGACGAGGACACCUACAAGAUCGAGUGCCUGGGACGCAGCUUCCACGAGAGCUGCUACCGCUGCGAGAGCUGCAGGAUGCCCCUGUCACCGGAGCUGACAGAGAAUGGGUGUUACCCCCUGGAUGACCACCUCCUCUGCAAGUCCUGCCACAUCCACUGGCGCAAUGAGUCGUCCUGCUGA